UGAAAGGAUUGAUGGAUUACUCGAUUGAGUCAUCCCAGAUCUCACUUCUCAGAUUGAGUGCGAACACACCGCCAAUAUGUUUUCAUCUUGACUAACCCAGAACUUGCUUAUGCGCCUCGUACAUGUACCUGCAUCUCUCGUGCAGCCCGUCACGUUCCCUAACCCCCCUCACGUUUCUUUCUUGUUUUAUCUUCUUUUUUUUCUUUUCUUUUUCUUUCUUACAUGGACCGGCGGUCUGGAUGUGCAUCCUGCUCGUGGGAGGAUCUUCCCAGCCAGCAUGGAGACGUGUCCAAUAUGGAGUAAGUCACUCCAUUGACUGGGGCAGCUGUGGACAGGAACACUGCAUGAGAAUCGGUAGGAAUCCGCCUGCU